AUGGCAUACACUUCAUACUUUGAAGCACUGGAAGAAUGUCAGCUAAGUUCCUUGGAGUAUCGCAGGCUCUAUAAUGAUUUGGCCUACACAAUAUUCCGAUUUUUGUUUCUUCUAAAAAAACUACAGUUCAAAAUGAGCAACACUAUUCGAAUAUACUCAUGUACUCAUGUUUCUGAAACGUUGCCUUCUGAAACGUCGUGUUACUGUCGGGGUCUGAAACGUCGGAUUCUGAAUGUCGAUUUCAGAAACGUCGUGUUUCUGAAACGCCGCAUUCUAAAACGCCCAGGAGCCGAGAGUCGCGAAAAUGGAAAAACCACAAAACGCUACAUCAAAGUGACCAAACAGGAGCGUAUUCUCAAUUUUUUUAAUGUAUUUUUCAUCCAGGUACCAGUUACGGAGUAA